CAUCAGCCUCACUCCUUCUCCCCUCGCGAUCCCGAACCCUCUCCCCCUGCCGCCGCCGCCGCCGCGCGCCGCCGCCACAAACCAAAGCCCGGCGGAGAUGAAGACGAUCCUGGCGUCGGAGACGAUGGAGAUCCCGGAGGAGGUGACGGUGAAGGUGGCGGCCAAGAUGAUCACGGUGACGGGGCCCCGGGGGACGCUGACCCGCAACUUCAAGCACCUCAACCUCGACUUCCAGCUGCAGGAGGGCGGGCGGAAGCUCAAGGUGGACGCCUGGUUCGGCACCCGCCGCACCAUGGCCGCCAUCCGCACCGCCAUCUCCCACGUCCAGAACCUCAUCACGGGGGUCACCAAGGGGUUCCGCUACAAGAUGCGCUUCGUCUACGCUCACUUCCCCAUCAACGCCUCCAUCACCUCGGGAAACAAGGCCAUCGAGAUCAGGAACUUCCUCGGCGAGAAGAAGGUGAGGAAGGUGGACAUGCUCGAUGGUGUCACCAUCUUGCGGUCCGAGAAGGUGAAGGAUGAGCUCGUCCUCGAUGGCAAUGACAUCGAGCUCGUCUCUCGCUCCGCCGCACUUAUCAACCAGAAAUGCCAUGUGAAGAAGAAGGAUAUCAGGAAGUUCUUGGAUGGUAUCUAUGUCAGCGACAAAGGCGCCAUCAAGGAGGAAUAGUUAGCUUCCUUUCCCUCGGUAGCCAGAAGCAAAAACCGUCCUGGGGAUCGUUUACAAUUCCUGUUUCCGUCUACUGUGUUCUUAAUGUCUUUGGGAUUGCACUCUUGAAUUUUUUGGAGGACUGAUUUUUGUACUGGGGGUUAAUCUUGAGGAUGCGCAAUGGAACAUGUCAUCAUUAUCCUACAUCUUGUUACUGUGUGAUUAGUUAAAAGUUUAGCUUUUCCUCAA